AUGGCGGUGAGGCGCAAACGUGUAAAGGCGGCUGAGUUAUUGGCUAAAAAUUGCAUUAAAAUGAGUCAUAAAAAAUUGGAUCGUUCUUCGAACACUCUGCUCCACGAUGCUGUUCGAUUGGGACAGCUUAAAGUUGUUAGAAAACUUGUGAGUAAAGGUGCUAAUGUAAAUGCAAGGAUUAGAAAUGGGAUGACUCCUCUUCACGUUGCGACUAAACAUGGAUAUCUCAAGAUUAUGGAUUAUCUUCUACGUAAUGGUGCAGAUGUGAAUGCAAGAUGUACAGGACCUUGGUAUGUUGGAUUUACGCCCCUACAUUUCGCUUGCCAAUCAGAAAAUCUUAAAUACGUGAAAUUAUUACUAAAAAAUAAUGCUUCUGUUAUUUCAACAAACGAUGAUGUUCAUCCGAUUCAUAUUUCGGUUAUUUGUCUUAAUAUCAAAAUUACUCAAUUGUUAUUGGACUAUGGCGCAAGUAUGGCUGUUAAUAAACGACUUCAUUUAAAUCUUUUUGGAAUCCAAGGAUGUAUGAUUGGCGGUUCUCGACGAUAUUGGAAUGAAGAUGAAUCUAGAUCGCGAUAUGGCGAUGAAGAUUUAACUUUAUUACACCACACAGUUAUUCGUAAUUCUAUACCUAUGGCAAAAUUAUUAUUGCAAUAUGGAGCAGAUGUAAAUAUUUUAAGCAAUACUGGUCUAUCUCCAUUGUCAGAUGCUGUAUUAGACCAUAAUAUUCCAAUGGUUGAGCUCUUAUUGAAUAACGGAGCUCUUGUAAGCUACGAUUCUGAUGACGGUAAAGUGAUAGUAAUAAAACAACUUUUCAAAAACCGAAACGGUCUAUAUAUACAUUACUGUAAGUCACAGUAUAGUUUAGCCGAUAAAAAAUUAGAAAUCAUCAAACUACUAAUUGAUGCAGGAGCUAGCAGCAAGGUAUCAGAUGGUAGCUAUAAUCUUCUCCUUUCCUGUAUUUGGCACGGGUAUAGAGAAAUAGUCAACUAUCUUCUGUAUCGCACCGAUUUCAAUUUCUUUUAUAUAAGUGACGUUUUCGUCUGUACUGCUCGUUUUAAUGAACAACGUACAGAUUUAACUCCAGAGAUUGCCAAUGACACAGAGUAUAAAACAAAGCGCAAGCUCGAAUGUAAAGAACUUAUUUACGACUUGAUAGCUGAAAAAUAUUCGAGAGAUUUUAUAGGUUUACCUACGAGACCAGACGGUAUGAGUUAUCAAGACUUGACUACAAGUCCAAUUAAUCUUCAAGUCACAGAAAAAGAACAUGAAGAUAGAAUUGAACAAAUAAAAAAAAGAAUUCAAGGAGUUGUGGAUGAAUUGAAACGUGAGAAAAUUGGUAAUAGUAAUAUUACUUUUUAUCAUAUUCUCACGGUGGAUUCGGACAAAUUAAUAAAGUUUGGAUUAAAUGAAGAUCUUAGAGCGUUAGAUAUAGAUGAUUACAAAGAAAAAUAUUUUAUAUACUUUCCUAUUCUAAAACUUAGGAUACGAUAUGCCAUUAACUUCAGUUUAUUACUGGAAAAACAUAAAAAGAAGAAGAAAGAUAUUUAG